AUCUUCUGUCAGAACAAAACUGAGGACAUAUUUUUUAAAAAAGGCAAUGGACAAUUUUUAUUGGUACCUCAUUCAGAUUGUAGCCAGAUCCCUCCAUUUCUGGUCAUUCUUGUAACUUCCUCUCCUACUGAUUUAAAACUUCGUGUAAUAAUCCGUGAGACCUGGGGCAAAAAAAGAUUAAUAGCAAAUAAAUUGAUUGUAGCCUAUUUUCUUUUGGGAACUACCUUGAAUCCUGAAGAACAGGUUGCUGUGAUUAAUGAGAGUCUGAAAUAUGGAGAUAUUAUCCAGAAAGGUUUUGUAGAUACCUAUUAUAAUUUAACAUUAAAAACUAUGAUGGGCAUUGAAUGGAUUCACAAAUUCUGCUCACAGUCUAGCUUUGUAAUGAAAGCAGACUCAGAUGUGUUUGUAAAUACCUACUAUCUGACUGAACUCCUUCUAAAAAAAAUCCAGAAAACCAGAUUUUUCACUGGCUUUUUAAAACAAAAUGAACAUCCAAUACGGGAAAUAUCCAGUAAGUGGUAUAUGAGUAAAAAUGAAUAUCCAAGAAAUGUAUACCCUCCUUUUUGUUCAGGGACUGGCUAUGUUUUCUCAACAGAUGUUGCUAGUCUGGUGUAUAGAAUUUCUGACAAUAUUCCCUUUGUUAAGCUGGAGGAUGUAUUCAUUGGCUUGUGCCUUGCUGAACUUGAUAUCAAACUGGAAAACCUCCAUUCCAAGCAAACCUUCUUCCCUGAAAGGCUUACAUUUUCACCUUGCAGCUUUAAGAAAAUUGUAAUCAGCCAUUUUGUGAAACCUCAAGAGCUGAUGAUCUAUUGGAAUGCACUGGAAAGAUCCAUGGAUGAAAAAUGCCCUGAUGGCUGAAAUCCUCCUGAACUGGGGACAGAUGGCUUUGAUGAGGA